UUAGUUACUUCGUACGUCUUAUAUAACAUUAGAUUAAAAUAUAACCGGACGAAAGGAAAAUAAAUCGAGACUAGCAAGGAUUGGUUUUCAGCGAUAAUGGCGACCCGAACUCGACUCAAAGAAUUAUUAUGCUUCGUACUUGUCCUUUGUAUCACAUCUUUUGAUAACGUUAUUGGACAGAGUGGUGAUGGAGAAACAGUGGCGGUAUUUUUAUCUGUAACUUUAACGGGAGAGACGUUCAACGAAAGAUUAAAUAUCAAAACAUCGACAGAAUAUAUCUCAUUAAAAGAUUCCUUGGAAGAGGCCAUUGACGCUGAGACUAAGGCUGAAAUGGACAGCAGAGGGUAUUCUUAUUCGAGCAUCAAAAGCAAUGUUCGUAAUUUAAAAUCUGGCAGCGUCAUUGCAGAAUUUGAAGUAACAGUCGAAGGCACAACAGCCAGUUCACAACAAGUUGUAACUGCUACAAAAGCUACAAGUUCAGACUCAACUAUUGGAAGUUUUGCAGUGAAUCAAAUUCAAGAUGUUGAUGAAUGCGAAAAUACUGCAAGCAAUAACUGUGAUGCGAAUGCUUCUUGUCAAAAUAUAGAGGGAUCCUUCACAUGUGCAUGUAAAACGGGAUACACUGGAAGUGGCGUUACCUGCGCUGAUAUAGAUGAAUGCUCACUCAACACGCAUGAUUGCCACAAUCAAUCAUCGUGUUCAAACAAUAAUGGAUCCUUCACCUGCACUUGCUUAAGUGGAUAUACCGGAGAUGGAAAAAAUUGUACCGACAUAGAUUUAUGUGAUGCUUCCAGCCCUUGCCAUAGCGACGCAGUUUGUGUAAACGUUGCGGGAUCGGGCACAUGUGUAUGUAACACCGGAUUUACAGGAGAUGGAUCCUCCUGUGUCGAUAUUGAUGAAUGCUCAGAUGCAUCUAGUUGUGACGAAAAGGCAACAUGCGCCAACAACAACGGAUCGUUCACCUGCACUUGUCAAGCUGGAUACUCUGGAGAUGGGUCGUCUUGUGUUGAUAUGGAUGAAUGCACAAGUGGAUCAAACGAUUGUGACAGCAAUGCAAUAUGCACAAAUAAUCCUGGAGGAUUUUCUUGUGCUUGUAAACCGGGAUUUACUGGUGGCGGGAAAUCGUGUUCAGAUAUCAACGAAUGUACCGAUGGUAGUAAUAACUGCAACACAAAUGCUGAUUGUUCCAACAAGGAUGGUUCAUUUACAUGUGCUUGCAAAUCUGGAUUUAAUGGAGAUGGAAUAUCUUGUGAAGAUGUUGAUGAAUGUGCUUCUCCAGAAACUAAUAACUGUCAUGAAAACGCAAUUUGUUCAAACAUUCCUGGAUCAUUUUCCUGCGCUUGUAAAGCUGGAUACACUGGUGAUGGAACUACGACAUGUACAAACAUCAACGAGUGCGAUGCCGGGACAGACAACUGCAAUGCAAAUGCUGAUUGCACGGAUACUGAAGGUUCAUUCACUUGUAAAUGCAAAACAGGGUUUUCAGGAAACGGUGUUGAUUGUGAAGAUAUUAAUGAAUGCGAUCUUGGAACUGAUGAUUGCAGUCCGGUCCCUCGAGGUGUUUGUACAAACCAACCGGGCACAUUUACGUGCUCGUGUGCUGAAAAUCAUGCCGGAGACGGGAAGAACUGCCAAGAAAUUGAGGUAUUGCCUGCACCAAAUGAGAUUUCCGUAGCUGAAAGUAUCGCAAAAGUGGAACUCAUUUCGGAAAGGAGACAUAAAAAUUACGAGAUCCAAGUGAGAAGAGUUGGAUCAGGAGACUCUGGCAUCACAUUCAACUUCGUAGAUUCUGAAUCAUCCAUGGUUGUUGACAUUGAUAAUUUGGAAUCCGGAACUGAAUACGAAGUUCGUGCUAGGGUUCGGGUUCUACAAAAUGGUUUUGAAGUUACUCCCGAUUACAGCCCAAUUCUAUAUAUCACCACAGAUUAUCCAGAAGAGUCUGCAAGUGUCAGUGUUAACCAAGUAUUUAUAUCUUCCUACAAUAACAUUAAUAGCCAAGAAUCUAUUACUUUCAUUUCUUCCAUCACUACCAUCAUGAUGCAGUCUUCUACUAUAAUCAUCUCUGUCCAAGUAUAUUAUUUGUUCCCAGGAAGUGUUCAAGCAUUGAUGGACGUGAAAACAAACAACACAGCAAAUCAAACACUCGAGAACGCUAUUUCCGACAAUUCAAAUUUAUCAGUGACAGUGUUACCAAAAGAAUCCAAUCCUCCUCCUCCAGAAAAUGUUACGGUUACAGAUGUUACUACUUCACAAUUCUCAAUUCAAUGGUCUCCAGUUGAAAAUGCUUUUGAAUACCAAGUUUUCGUAAAAUAUAGCGGUUCAAAUCAGACAUACAGUACGAAUGAUACAAGCUUUACGGUAUCUGCACUACCUGCAAACACUCCUAUUGUAGCUUCUGUUCGUGCCGUCGUCAAAAAUGGUACUGCUUACAGAUUCUCCAACAGCAGUGCUGAAAUAGUUUUUAAUACAAAAUCAGAAGGACCAGCAAAUCUUAUGGCUACUGUUUUGACUGGAACUGUCAUCAUUAUCAAGUUUGACAAAGUAAAAACUGCAGAAACUUACUACAUUUCAAUUAAAAAUAAUCCUGAAUUUGAUUUCACACUCACUGCUGAUAGUGAAGUAAAUGGAACUUUCAGUAAAGAGAUUGAUGGUCUGAUGGCCAACACAUCAUAUACCAUAGGAGCCAUUGCAACUGUCGGAUCAGCUAAUAGCACAGAGUCUACUAUCUCAGCUACCACAGGUCCGGAAACUGUGUCCGGAAUAGCAAUCUACAAUGUUACCAAGGAUGGGUUUAAUUUUGAGCAUGAUAAUGUGAACAUAUUGCCAGCUAUCAGUACUAGUUAUGUUAUCAAAUACAUGUCAUCAGGCGGGUCACAGGAACAAAACACUGAUGCAAGUGAUACAUUUAUUGCAGCAGUGAAUCCUGCAACAACAGAGUAUAAUGUGUCUGCUGCUUAUAAAACUACCAAAAUGUCGCCGUUCUCAUCUUCUAUAUCUUCAAAAAUAUGGACUGUGACAUUGGUUACCAACGACUCGAUAAGUUUCUCAUGGGAUUCGUACAAAGAUGCGACUAGCUACACAAUAUCAAGCUCAUCUGGCUCAACAUACAUUGAAACCCAGCCAUCAACUGCAUUUACAUCACUAACUCCUGGAAUCGAAUAUAGAUUGAAAGUGUCGAUCGAAGAUAAAUUGCUUUUUGAUGUACCUCAAUUUACUUGUCCACCAGCUGCAGCCAACCUUGCUUGUAAACCAAAAACUUCAGAAUGCAUAACAGUGACAUGGAAUGAAGCUGUAUCUGCAACAUCGUAUGUGGCAUCAGCAGUUGAAAAUCAGUUUGCAAUAGUAACAGUGUCAUUUGCUGACAGGAGUGCUGAAAUUUGUAAUUUGACAAGUGGCAACAAAUACACAAUAAAUUUAAAAACAGUCAAUAGAGCUUGUGAAAGUGAUGUUGCAUCAGUCCCAGAUUGUAUAACAGAUGUUGAUGAGUGUGCUGGCGCAAAUGACUGCCCAGCAGAAUCACAAUGUCAGAACACUAUUGGAUCAUAUGCAUGUGUUUGCAAACCAGGAUUUACUGGAAACGGGACGGUUUGCACAAAUAUUAAUGAAUGCACUAGUGGAACGCACAACUGUAGCAACAAUGGCCAAUGUAAUGACAAUGAUGGAGGUUUUACAUGUGCUUGUUUCGAUGGUUUUACCGGUGAUGGAUUUACUUGUACAGAUAUAAAUGAAUGUGUUACUUUGAACGAUUGUGAUACAAAAGCUGAAUGCUUAAAUACUGCUGGAACAUACAGUUGUCGUUGCAAUGAUGGAUAUUCUGGCAAUGGAAAGUCAUGUGCUGAUGUUGAUGAAUGUGGGCUUUCUACAAUUCCAUGUGACACAAAUGCAAAUUGUGCAAACACCCCUGGAAAUUAUACUUGCACUUGCAAAUCUGGCUUCACUGGAAAUGGAACAGUAUGCAAUGAUAAUGAUGAAUGUGCUUCUGAAUCAACCAAUAACUGUGCCAGGAAUACAAACUGCACAAAUCUAUCUGGCAAUUAUUCCUGUGAAUGCAAGACUGGAUUUGAUGGUGAUCCAUAUAAACCUGGAACUUGUCAAGAAAUUGAAAAACUACCACCACCUAUUGGAUAUGCAGUUUAUACCACUUCUGUAUAUUUUAGAAUUAACUCCAGCUUACCACACCAAGAAUAUUCGGUAAUAAUAUAUGAAGCUGACGGAACAGUUAAAGAGACAACUACUACUGCCACACAAUUUGCUAGUUUUUCUUCGUUAUCUGAGGGAACAAAAUACACAAUUACCGUCAAAAUUACCAAACUUCAAAAUGGUGCAGUUGUAACUGCUGGUCCAGAGAGUGAUGUACUCAACGUAGAAACAAGUCGCUCAUCUAUCAAAGUGCUUAUAGUGUUAACGGACGAAACAUAUACAUCAAGUCUCACUGACAGAUCAAGUACAGAAUUUACUGAUAUGUACAAUAUUUUCAAAUCAAGAUUUGAAGAAAUUCAUCCAAAUGACGCAAUAUCCUUUGAAGUUCUUGGAUUUUUUGCUGGUAGUGUAGAAGCUCUAACUGAAAUUGUACAGAAUACUUCUUCAACUGCAACAAUUCCAGGGGCAACUCUUACUAGUGGAACUAUUAGCCAAAGUGCCACACUUGCAACAGCUCCCGCUGGAUUAUCUCUGACUUCAGACUCCUCCAAUAGUUUAACAGCAGAAUGGAAUGCCGUUACAGGAGGUAGCGUUUCAUAUAUUUUAGAAGUGCAAUGUGAAACCACUACGACUCAUUACACAACCUUAACAAGUUUUUCUGUUUCCGGACUCUCACCAAACACUGCAUGUGCUGCAACUGUACGUGCAGUUGUCAAUACACAAGUCACAGUUUCUUCUGCAGUUAAAACUGUUACAACAUUGGCUGCAGGGCCUACGAUAAGUGCCACUGUAUUGAGCGCCACAAGCAUUAGAGUUGCAAUUGAUGCAGUCAGUGGUGCUGACAAAUAUUAUGUAACGGUGAAUGACACAUCAGAUCCAAUUGAUACAUUCACUGCAGCAGAUGUCAUUGAUAACAAACUAAGUAAAGAUAUUACAGGAUUAACUCCAGCUUCAGCUUUACUUAUAACGGUGUCAGCUGAAAUUAGUGGAGUAAAUGGAACUGAAUCUACUGCUACUGUGACCUUAGGUCCUAACACUGUAUCUGGACUGAUAUUGUUCAAUAUUACAAACAAUGGAUUUGAUGUAGUGUUUGAUGCUGUGUCACUUGAAGGAGGAGCUAGUGUGUCUCAUAUUGUAAAAUAUAUACCAGUUACUGGUACUGGUACUGCAAUCUCAGUGGAAACAUCAUCAAAUACUGUACAUAUUGCGUCAGAUCCAAUCACAACACCUUACAAUGUUUCAGUUGCAUACAAAUCUAACUCGGUGGACAGUGCAUUCUCAUCUGUAGUAUCAACAAAGGUUUAUAACAUUGAUGCUGUGGCUGCUGAUAGCAUAGAAUUAAGAUGGAAUGCUGUUCCGAACAAUCUUGGCAUCACUUUUUCAAGUUUGAUAACCAGUGGAGGAGCUUCACAGGAUAAAUUAUUGCGGGAUUUGACCAGAACAUUCACUAGUCUUACAGCAGGAACUAAAUACACAAUGAAAGUUACCAUGCUCAUAUCAGCUUUCAGUACAUCUGUUACCUAUUUUGAAAUUAGUCAGUUAACCAUACCUGAUCAAGUGAAAAACCUACAAUGCAAGCCUUCUACGGAAACGUGUUUCUCUUUAACAUGGGAUGCUGAUUCUGCAACAACAUACGCAUCAGAAAUAAACCAAGGAACAGCAACUGGUGUUGAAGUUACAGUGAACAACACAAAACCUGGUGCUGAAGUUUGCAAUGUGGCAACUGGAAGCUUGUACAAUGCUUCUGUAACAGCUACAAACACAGCUGGAUCAGGAGUAGCAGCUACAAUUCAAAAUUGUUACUCCGUUUUGCCUGGGCCAACUAAUGUCAAUAUAAAAGUGGACAAUCAAACUUGCUUCACAAUAUCAUGGAAUGCAAUUUCAAAUGCAAAUUCAUACACAGCAACUCUGCGGAGUUCUACUGCAACGAGUAUGUCAGAGACAUCAACAUCCAACUCUGUGCAAAUUUGCGGAUUAGAAGUUGCAACUUUGUAUAAUGCUUCUGUUAAUGCAACUUAUGAGGCAGGAGAGAGUUUGCCUAGCAACGAUGUUGUCUCACAGAUAACAGCUCCAUCUGCACCAUCCCUAUCGUUCGUUACUGCCACCACAACCAGCAUUACAUUAUCUUGGAUUAAAUCAAGUACAGCUCAAACCUACCACAUACAAACAACACAAACUGCACCGACGGCAACUGCUGCGAUGAUUCAUUCUACAACUAGCACAACUCUGACAAUAAAUGAUUUGCAGCCAGGGCAUGAAUACGAUUUUGUUAUUAUGGCAGAAAAUGCUGGAGGAAACAGCACCAUGAGUGCAACAUUAAAGCAAAUCACAAUCCCAGGAAGUGUUCCAAAUUUUCAAGUCGAUACUGCAAAUGUUGCUCAGCUGUCAAUACCUUUCACGUGGACUGAAGUUACGGGUGCAUUAAAUUAUGUUGUUUCUGUAACAAAGGAUGGUACAGAAGUUUCCACUGCAAACCCUACUGCAAGUCCUUGGAGUGGUAUUACAAAUUUAAAUGAUGGAGAAAGUUACAACAUAUCUAUUUAUGCUGUAUCAAAAGCUGUUGGAGUUACUCAAAAUGGCGCUCCAGUGUCAAUUUCAUUUGAAACAGCACCUCCUGUGCCAACUAAUAUAGUACCAAAUAGCAUCACCACAAAUAGCAUGCAGUUUACAUGGAAUGAUUCUAAGGGAGCUACAGGUUAUGACGUUAUAUUGAAACAAAAAACACCUGAUGGACCUUCUCAAAAUGUAACAACAUCAACUGCUAUGCAGUCGUUCAGUAGUUUAACAGCAGGAUAUGUUUACACAAUUACAAUUCGGAGCAAAAAUACUGGUGGAUUUAGCCUUGCUAGUGCAGGGGUUGACCAAAUAACAGUUCCAAGCCCAGUACAAGAUCUUCAGCUCAGGAAUGGUUCAUCUCAAACUAGUUUUAGAUUGCAGUGGACAACAGCGACAGGAGCAGCCACAUAUGAUGUCACAUUAACUAAAAGUGAUGGAACUGGAACACCAGUUUCUAAACCUGUCUCUGAUGGCUUUGCCGAUUUUGGAUCAAGUGAAGGCAUAACAGCUGGAACAAAUUAUACUGUAUCAGUUGUUGCUAAAACUUCUACUGCUGAUGGAAUACAACAGGCCAGUGAAUCAACGCAGUACACAUUUUCAACAGCUCCUUUGGAUCCAAAUACACCAACUGAAGACAGCAGUACAGAGACAACAAUUACAUUUUCAUGGACUCCAGAUGCAACUGGAGCGAAAUUUUAUGAAGUUGAGGUUUUAGAUGGAUCUACAACUGUUCAGAAAGUCAAUGUCACAGGGACAACAACAACCAUUACUGGACUGACCAGUGGGACGCAAUAUACUAUUCAAAUCAGAGCUAUAAAUGACUUUGGAUCAAGCCAAACCAUCAGUGGAACAUUAAGCACAAGACCAGGCAGUCCGGAUUUCAAUACAACUGAUAUAACAACAAACUCAAUAAAACUGGUAUGGCUUGCAAUACCUGGUGCACAAGCUUACAGUGUAGGAGCGAAGCGUACAAGUGAUAACGUUGCCAUUAGCGUUAGUCCAAACUACAUUAGAGUACCUAUCAUUGAAACAACAAUCACUGGGCUUUCUGCUGGAACAAAUUAUACUAUUACUAUGACGACUCGUGGUGGUUUCAGAGACAGUGCAGAUAAUUCGAAAAUCCAAAUUACAGUUCCCGAAGCCCCAACUGUAACACUUGCUACCAGGGCAACAGACGCUUUUCAGUUUACAUGGAAUAUGAUCACGGGUGCUGAUAAUUUUAUUGUGUCAUAUAAAAAAUUGACUGAUGCCAGCACCACAGAUUUAACAGUAAAUAAUAUGUCGUAUACCAUUUCAAGUUUGGAGUCAGGAACUGCGUACAUGAUUGCAAUAAAAUCUGCUAACUCAGCUGGAUCAAAUGGAUCUCCAGUUGAAUAUAAUACAGUGAUAAGUGCUGGUCAACCUGCGGUCACCAUUUCAAGUGAAACAACAGAUGGAUUCACUGUUUCGUUCCCUGAAGUUCCGGACAGAAAUAACUUUGACGUUGUUGUUACUCCUGGCCCAAAGACCGUUUCUACUUCCACAAAUUCAGCUGUAAUUAAUGGAUUAAGUCCAGGAACAACUUAUUCAGUCACCGUCUUCGUUAAUUAUAAAACUGUUGGAAGAAGUUCAGGAAGUACAGCUGUCUCAGCAACAACUUUGGCAGUGGCUCCAACCAACUUUGCUGUAUCAAGCAAUACACAGAACGAAGGAAUAACUCUAAGUUGGACAGAAGUAUCUGGUGCAACGAAUUAUCAAAUCACAGCAACAACAUCUACUGGAUCAUUGUCCUAUAAUUAUACAACAUCACCUCAACUCAUACCAACAGUACUUGGAUCUGUUUAUAACUUUUCUGUUAGAACAAUAAAUAGCGAUGCCAUGUUGGGACCUGCGGCUACUCUUGAUUCAAUUUCAGCAGCGGCUGUAAAAGUCUUUGAUCUUGAAAUAACAUUGAAUUCCACUUACACAUACUCAAGUAAUUUGGCUGAUAAAACAUCGUCAGAAUUCAGUCAGCUUCAGAUUAUUGUUGUAAAUGCACUCACUAUCAUUUUGAAUAAUUGGAGCGGAUUUGUAAAAAUUGAAGUCAAUGAAUUUUUGAACGGAAGCGUGGUUAGCAGGACAAGUCUAACAUCCUCAUCACCAAGUGACACUGCUACAUCAGUUGCAAAUCUAUACACGACAUCCACAGCAGAUAAAACCACUUUUACUACAUCCGGUCUUACAACAGAUAUAAAUGAAUGCAUCAACUCCCCUAGCCCAUGCGACAAAAAUGCUGAUUGUGUUAAUACUCCGGAUGCAUACACCUGCACUUGCAAAACUGGAUAUACAGGAAAUGGCCAAACAUGCACUAAUAUCGAUGAAUGCAGCGGAACAAGUCCGUGCCAUGCAGAGGCAACUUGUCAAGACCAGCCAGGUACAUACAUUUGUACUUGCAAUACUGGAUACACAGGUAAUGGUACCACAUGCUCAGAUGUUAAUGAAUGUCCAUCAGCAUGCAGUGGCACAAGUACAUGUGAAAACACAGUUGGCAGUUACAAGUGCAACUGUGAAUCAGGGUACACAUACAGUGGUACAACAUGUGUGGAUGAUGACGAAUGUUCAACAAGUACUCCUUGUGAUACAAAUGCACAAUGUGCCAACAUUCCUGGAAGUUUCACUUGUUCAUGUAAAACUGGCUAUACUGGAAAUGGAGUUACAUGUUCAGAUUUAGAUGAGUGUUCGAGCACUCCUGGUGUUUGUACGGCAAAUCAAGUCUGCACAAAUAAUCCAGGAUCCUACACCUGUCCAUGCAAAACUGGUUUUGUAGAAAAUGCAGCAAAGACAGAUUGUGUUGAUCAGAAUGAAUGUACUACUAACCCUUGUCAUGCUGCAGCGUCAUGCCUCAACAAUGUGGGAAGUUAUACAUGUACUUGUAAUUCUGGAUUCAGUGGUAGUGGUUCUUCAACUGGGGAUGGAUGUGUUGAUAUUAACGAAUGCUUGGAUGAUACUUUAUGUAAAGCAAAUGAAACCUGCACGAAUACUUCCCCUGGAUAUUUCUGCUCCUGUAAAGUUGGAUUUUCUGGAGAUGUGUCAACAUCGUGUAUUGAUAUUGAUGAAUGUGCUUCUGCAAACCCUUGUCAACCAAAUGGAGUUUGUAGCAACAGUGUUGGAUCAUAUUAUUGUACUUGUAAUUCAGGUUACUUUGACAAUGCUGGAUCAUGUGACGAUAUUGAUGAAUGUUCAUCAAACAUAAAUGUUUGUUCUGACAGAGCCAAUUGUGUAAAUGAAAUUGGAUCAUUUAGAUGUGACUGCAAACCAGGUUUUAGUGGAAGUGAUAAUGUAUGUGUUGAUAUUGAUGAAUGUCUAGCAUCACCUGAUCCAUGUUCUACAGUAUUGAAUACAGUGUGUGUUAACAGAAUGGGGAACUUUUCCUGUGAUUGCAAGCCUGGUUAUUCAUUGAUUGGUUUGGCGUGUACAAACAUUAAUGAAUGUGAAUUGACACCAAAUCCGUGUGCAAGCGAUCGUGUUUGCGUUGAUAAUGAAGGAAGUUAUUCGUGCGACUGUCAACCUGGAUUUAGUGGAACUAAGUGUGAUGAUGUGAAUGAAUGCUCACUAGGAGCCGAUAAUUGUAAUGCAAAUGCAGAUUGUGCAAACACAAUUGGAUCUUUCAGUUGUAGUUGCAAACAAUAUUAUGCUGGGGAUGGUGUUACUUGCACAGCUAAUAUAACUACAGUAUAUAUUGAACAAACAAUCACAAAGUAUGAAUAUUCUGCUCAAUUAACAAGAGCGACAACAACAGAACCUGAAUUAUCAGCAGAAGUGAAAAAACAAGUUGAAUUGCAGUUUCCUGGAUUUACUUUCGUCUCUGUUGUAUUCACUAGUGGAGCCGGUACAUCCAUCAAUGCAUUAUAUGUUAUCCAAACUCUGAUGCCAGUAACAUCACCAAUACUGUCAUAUUACUUGCCAAAUGUUGGGGACACAACUUUAUUUGCAACAACACCUGUGCUUGCUCAAAGUUGUUCUUCAACUACAUGUUCUGCUCGUGAAUAUUGCUUCGAACUUAACAGUGUACAAACAUGUGUAUGUAGAGCUGGAUAUAGUGGGAAUGAUUGCGCUGAUAUUGACGAGUGCACCACAAGCAAUUCAUGCAACUCACUCGCAACUUGUGGCAACACAGAAGGAAGCUAUACUUGUACUUGUCAGACUGGAUAUGAAGGAGAUGGAACUGUUUGCUCUGAUAUUGAUGAAUGUUUAACUGUAACUUGUUCUGCUAAUUCGGGAUGUGUAAACAAUGCUGGGUCAUAUGAAUGUGAAUGUAAUACUGGAUAUACAGGUGAUGGAACAACUUGCACUGAUAUUGAUGAAUGUUCAACUGUUACUUGUUUUACUAAUUCUCAAUGCAAGAAUAAUGCUGGAUCAUAUCAAUGUGAAUGCAAUGAUGGAUACAGAAGCGAUGGAACAGCUUGUUUUGAUAUUGAUGAAUGCUUGACUGAAACUUGCUUCACGAAUUCUGAGUGUAAAAAUAGUGAAGGAUCAUACAGAUGUGUCUGUAAUGCAGGAUACAUGCUCAAUUCCAACAACUCAACCUGCAUUGCACAAUGUACAGAAGCAUAUUGCAACAAUGGUGGAACAUGUGUACCAUCUACAGACAGCGACACACCAACUUGCUUAUGCACUUCACAAUUCCAAGGCACCAAAUGUGACGAAUCAUCCAUCUACCGAGACCUUGCCAUUGCAUUUGGUGUAAUCGGAGGAAUUCUACUCAUACUGCUCAUUGCAGCAAUCAUCGUGUGCAUAGUGAGGAGAAAGAGAAAUAACAUGGACUUUGUACCAUAAAAUUAAAAACUGUCUUUCUGAUUACCGUACCAAUGUAUAUAAACCACAUUCUAUAUCGAUCACAAUUUAUUUGUUAUUAUUCAUUUUUGAAGUGGUGAUGGAUCGAUUCUUUAUAACCACACUGAUCCAGAAAAAGUAUCAUGAAAAUUGUAGGUUCUUUAUUUUGGAUAAUGUUUGUAAAAUUUCAGAUAGAUUUUCUACUAAUGAUAAUUCUUUAUAAUAGCUUAAUAAUUCUAAUAUGUUAUGCUGAUUGAACCAAUACCUGUGGUUCAAUACGCACAAAAAGACAUGUGCAGUCAUACCAUUCGUUAAUCCAUGAAACCUAGGUUUGUCCUCAAGAUGUCCCCACAGCUAAGACAACACCGAAAAAAUGAAUUCAAAACUGUCAUACUUCUCAAUUGAACAAGAGGUGUCAAAAAUAACUGGUAGAAUAUUAAAUUACACAAGAGAAUGAAGAAAGUUUCAAGAUGAUCAUCAAUAUGUGUCUCACUUUUAUUUUUGUUUGCACUAGCUUGUUUACGUAGGAUAAUUUACUGUGGCUUUGUACCCUAACAUCUAAAACUGCAGUUUAUUUUUAAAUUAAUCUAUGCAUAAGUAUAUAAAUGCAAUAAUCUAACAGCACAGAAUUAUAUAUAAAUCUGCACUGAUACAAAUAGCUUAUCGCAACAUAGUUCAGGUUGUGUGGAUGACAAUAAUAUGUUAGAUGAAACACGCUGCAAAUUGAUGCAUGCUUUUUUACAUCUCUAUUAUUGAUAAUAUUACUGCCAUAGUUGUUUUAAUGUUCAAUAAUUAUGUUUUCUUCAAAAUAAUUGCUAAUAAAAUCCCUAACACAAAUGACUGUUUUGAAUUAUGCUCAGUCUUUUUUUACUUUCAUUACACAACAAUCAAAAUGGGUGC